AUGGAGCACGAACCAGGCGACGAGUACAUCAGACGGAUUGCCGCAUACAUUAGAAAGCACGAGCUGGGUCUCGCAGCGGCUAGUCUCACCCGCAGGCGGCGCACGAAGGGUGUGCCAGAGACAUCCGUGUUCAAUCCUCUGGGCUGGUUCUCCUCCGACAAUGCUGCUCUACUGAACGUCAAGCCUGUCGUCCUGUCAUUUGAUUCGCACCACCUCUUCUAUUUGCUGAUGCGGCUGGAGGCGCUAGGACUCGAUAUUGGUUCGCUGGACGUGGAAGUGGAAGCUCCUUCCAGACCGAUGAACUACAUCAAUAUUUUUCCUGGUUCGGACAAGUCAGAUGCCCUCUCUCUGAUGUCCUUCCGCUCCUCUCUCUCAGCCGUCUCUCGUCUGUCUCUGGGCGCUGGCUGGUGGGGCAGGCCAGCACCUCUCAGUGUGGAUGCAGAGCUCAAGUACAUCUACAGCUGCUUCACGAAGAUCCCGGCGUUGUCACUGCAUGCGCCAGAAGCUAGGUUGAUUGCGGAACUAGCUGACGAAGCUCCCAACCAGAACGCGUUGCCGCUUGACGCGUUCAAGAACCUGCAGACCUUGCACUGUAUUGAUGUCGACCCGCGGACGCUGCUCGGCUGGGACCGGCUGGCGGAGAGCCUCAGAAGUUUGACAGUCAAGAAGAGUGGGUUGGAGGAUGUCUCUGACAUCUUUGUCAGUGCUGUCGUAGAUGAUCAGGCAAGGAGAGAGGGAAGAUUGGGCGGCUCGAGAUCCCGCAAGCUCGCGCGGCUGUUGUCACGACAAACGUCAUUUCACAGCACACGCUUACCGGACUCUGUGCCAGAGGAUGCCGAAGAAUCCUCAGAGAUGCCCUCUACACCUACUGUUGAAGAUACACCCAAGCCUUCUAUGCCUGUAGAGCUGCCUUCGUUGAAGUGGGCCUUCCUCCGACACCUGUCAUUAAGCGAUAAUGCCCUCACUUUCCUCCCAUCGUCACCGCUUCCAUACCUAACCUCUCUAACCCAUCUUGACCUCUCCUCGAAUCUGCUUGUCUCCGUUCCGUCAGGUCUCUCCGCCCUCUAUAAUCUCGUGUCGCUCAAUCUGUCGGAUAAUAUGAUCGACUCAGUCCUGGGCAUUUACACAGUCCUUGGACAGGUCCUAUAUCUUGACCUCUCUCACAACCGGCUUGAAUCAAUUUGUGGUCUGGAGCGUCUUCUCGCCUUAGAGCGAGUCGAUUUGCGACAGAAUGUCAUCGAGGAGAGCGCGGAAGUAGGCAGACUGGCAGCUCUUCCAAACAUUGCCGAAGUAUGGGUGGAGGGGAACCCCCUGGUGGAUAUCGAGGAAGGCUAUCGCAUACGGUGUUUCGAUUACUUCUCCAAGGAGGGGAAGAGUAUCCUGCUCGAUGGCUCACUGCCAGGCUUCUACGAGAAGAUGUAUAUGUCGGCGCCGCCGCCUGACCAGAUGACAUCUUCUCGACCACCGUCGGUCGCUCAGUCACCUCCUGUAGUUGCCGUUGGGUCCCCGACUGUUAAUGGUGUGCCAUCACGCGAGAGCCCUCUGCAGUCUUCCUCUCCUUCGUCACCGCCUUCGCACACCGCCUCACCACAGACAGCAGCUUUGGUUGGUAGAGGGCGGCGGCGGAAGAACAAGCGGAUUGUGGAUCUGGAUGGUGGGGUGGAGACGAGCGAAGCGGGGAGCUCAUGGAGUGGUUCGCAUGCGCAUGUGCCUACGGACGCACAGCCAACGAGGAAUGAUAUUCCUACUCAGCCUUUGCCAGAGGAAUCAGCUCCUGCGGGACCCUCGAGUGAAGCCGGAGUGGAGGCAGCGCCGUCUGCAGCCACACCAGUUGUCGGGGCAGGGCGAAAGUCGCGGCAUACUCGGAACUGGACUGAGUUCGCGCCUGCGUCCAAUGCUGCGUCCGACGAGGCAGCAUUCACUACCUCGGCUAUGGGGAACGCAGCGUCUUUGCGGAGGGGUUCCAUGCGGAGAGCGCGGGUGGCUGCGUCAGUGUACGAGCCUGCAGAGGAGAGCAAGGUGGACCAGUUCAGGGAGGCGGAUGUGUUCCGUGCACGCAUGGAAGCCUUGCGGUCAGACAUGGGGGAAGGGUGGUUGAAGGUAUUCAACCAGUCGCAACUGGGCUCGCCGGGGGUUCCUUCUGGAUAA